AUGGAGGCUCCGGGCUGCCCGGCCUUCCCCCCGCCUCGCCGGCCCGGGGGUUCCCCUGGGGUCCCGCGGCCUCCCACGGCCUUCGCCCUGGGCCCACUGGGCCCCCGGCGGCCGCCGCCGCUCAGCCCCCGCCCCGCCCGCUGCCCGCCGGCCCGGGCUCAGCCCCGAUCCGGGGUCUCCAGCGCGGGCCCCCCUGCCGUGGCCGUCCAUGGGAAGCCCCCGUACCCGCCCGGGGUACCCGCAGGUGAGAAGGGCUGCAAAAGUGGCUUCCAGACGCUUCCCGGAGCCUGCCGAGCCCCCCACAGAGCCCCGGGGGAUUUGGGGUGCCCGCUGGCAGCGCCCCUGGGGGCCCUGAGGGACCGCGGGGUCCCCGAGCUCCCCGAGCCCCUGGGCAAGAGCAAGAGCAAGAAGCGGAGGAACAGGACGACCUUCAGCUCGUUCCAGCUGGAGGAGCUGGAGAAGGUUUUCCAGAAGACGCAUUAUCCCGAUGUCUACGCGCGGGAGCAGCUGGCGCUGCGGACGGACCUGACGGAGGCGCGGGUGCAGGUCUGGUUCCAGAACCGUCGGGCCAAGUGGCGGAAACGGGAACGUUACGGGAAAAUGCAGGAGCUGCAGAACAACCUGUGGCCGAGCCCUGGGAGCCCCCUGGGGCUCCUGCCCGCCGAGCCCCUGCCGUCCCCCUGCCUGUCCCCGUAUCCCCCCGCCCACGGCAACGGCUUCGUGGCCCUUCCCGCCUCCCGGCGCCCCCCCGCCAUCAGCGGCCUCUACUCCCUGCACGGGCUGCCCCCCCGGCUGGCCUCCCACCCCUUCGAGCCCCCCACCCCCCAGCACGAUUACAAAGCGCCCCCGCUGAUGCCGCUGAGGAUGAAGAGCAAAGAGGGGGCCGGGAACCUGCUGGGCUGGGCCACCUGAUCCUCCUUCCCCCCAUCCCCGGCACCAGGAUUUGGGAGCGGGGCGGUGGGAUCACCU